GAAAAACCUCAUCUCCCUCUACAGGCCUGCCAGGGCCUGGGAGAGCUCGACCUGCCCAGGUGCACCACAGCGGCGGAGAUGGCUCCAGACACCGAGGUGUGGAAGCAGGUGUUUCAGGAAUUAAUCCAGGAGGUGAAGCCAUGGCACAGAUGGACCCUGACACCAGACAAGGGCCUUCUUCCCAAUGUCCUGAAGCCAGGAUGGAUGCAAUACCAGCAGUGGGCCUUCGCCAGGUUCCAGUGUUCCUCCUGCUCUCGCAGUUGGGCCUCCGCCCAAGUUCAGGUCCUCUUCCACAUGCAUUGGAGUGCGGAGAAGUCCAGGGGCCAGGUGAAGAUGAGGGUGUUUGCUCAGAGAUGUAAGAAGUGCUCCCAGCCUCCGUUUGAGGUUCCUCAGUUCACACAAGAGAACAUCUCAAGGACCCUGAACAACUUGGUGUUCCGAAUUCUGAAAAAAUGCUACAGAGAAGGAUUUAAAUCGAUGCAGGAGAUUCCUAUGAUCAAGGAAAUCUCUCCUGAAGGGCCACACGACAGUGACAACUGCGAGGCAUGUCUGCAGGGAUUUUGUGCUCGGAGGGCGCCCACGCAGGCGAUGAGCCUCCCCGCUUCUUGGAUCCCAGGAGCAGACACCACUUGCCAGGUGGAGAGGGAAGUCGAGAUCUGCCCCUCAAGUGAGCACUUCUAUUCCUACACACCCCGGAACCACACGCGUAGGAACAUCAGCAUCUGCUGCUGUUUCCUCCUCCUAAUUGUGGUGGUGGUGGUGAUUGUCCUAAAAACCGUAGGAGCCUUGAAAACAUGA